CAGAGAAAGGGAAGUGUGAGAAACACUACAACUCCCAUGAGCCUCUCCGGGCCGCAGCUGAGCCAUCCAAGAAUGCUGCGCUGCACAUGGCGAGCUGGGCUGCGGGGCUUGGAGCCGACAGGUGGCAAGUUCCGUGGCUAUCCGUUUUUGGGGCUCGGGGACGCCCCGAGGGCGGAGCAUCCCCUGUGCUUUUGGGGAUGGGGCGCACGGAGGGUGCAUAGCGCAGAGGCGCCUCGGAGAUGGGGCGCCCGGGGGGCGCAGCAGAGCUCCUUCCAGUGGGACGCUCACGUGCCCCGCGAUGUCUUGCUUUUCCAGCAUGACCGGGGCCGCUUUUUCCGCCUCCUCGGGCUCUUCUGUGCCUGCCAGUUCGUGUUCUGGGCGUAUCUGGCGCACUUUGCCUUCUACUCCUUGCGGGACACUCGGGCCAGCCGGCCGGAACCAGAUCCCCGGCAAGGGGGGAGCCCUCUGCCGAGUCCACCGGGGGGUGCCUCGCCCAACUGGGGCUCCAAUAAGUGGCGCUUCGGCUUCACUGCUUCCUGCCUGACCGUGGGUUCUCUGAUCUUGGUGGCAGGCUUUCUCUUUUCCCGACGCUCCGUGAACCGGGUCUUGCUGCACCGCGGCGGGCAGGAGGUGACGCUUACCACCUACUACCCCUUUGGCUUGACUUCAUCCUUCAUGGUGCCUCUUCGCCAAGUCUCCUGCAUGUCCCAUCGUUCGGAGGUGCCGGCAAUGAUUCCACUCAAGGUCAAGGGGAGACCGUUCUAUUUCCUGUUGGACAAACAGGGACGGAUCACCAACACUCAGCUUUUUGACAUCACUGUGGGAGCCUAUCGCAAACUGUAAGGCCAUUUGCUGCCAGAGGAGAGGGUGCAGAAUUUUCAGCCCUGGGCUGUUGCAGAGUCUAAGAAAGAUGGAUUGGUCAAAUCCGAUGGACAGAACCCAUAGAAGCAACUCUUAAACAGCCCCUCUGCCUGUUCAAGAAGACUACUGAUGUAUGGGGCAACUGGGACCUGAGGUGGAGAUUAAGGCCCUGUCCACACUACACAUUUAAAGGAAUUAUACUUCUUUGAACAGUCAUGGCUUCCCCCAAUGAAUCCUGGGAACGGUAGUUUGUUAAGGGUGCUGAGAGUUGUUAAUACAAGUGUGGGGAACCUGUGGCCUUCCAGAUGUUGCUGAACUACAACUCCCAUCAUCCCUGGCUAUUGGCCAUGCUUGCUGAGGCUGAUGGGAUUUGUAGUUAGGAGAGCCAGAAGUUCCCCACACCUGUGUUAGAUCUCUUUUCUCCUCACAGACCUUCCUAGAGUGGUUUAACAAUCCUCUUCCCAGGAAACUCUGGGAAUUGUAGUUCAGUGACAGCUCAGCACCUUUAAUAAACUAUACUUCCCAGAUUCUGUGGGGAAAGCCAUGAUUGUCUGCAGUGGUAUAAUACUACUGCAAAUGUAUAGUGCAGAUGGGGCCUGAGGUUGUACAGGGCCUUGGUGGUUCUAGAUCUUGAGCUUAUUUUGAGAGUUAAAAAUUUAGAAAGCACCAACCUGGUUUUUGCAAUUCCCCCCUCCCCAAAUGUAUGUUAUAAUCUCCUUGUAUUCAUACAUACACUUAAUCUCCUGUAUCUUUGUGCUAAGAGAGGGAAAAAAGGUGUGCUUGUAUCUUGCAAGCAAGAAUUAUGGUUGCUGUGAUGGCGGCUUGGUUGAUUAGCAGGAUCUCAUGCUUUACCCGGUGAUGCCUAAUUUUCUCCAUGGAGAGGUUGCCACCUUUAUUUCUGGAGUGGUCUUGUGCCUUUUUAACAGGUAGAGCAGGGGUAGAGAAACUUUUUCAACCCAAGGACCGCAUUCCCAUCUGGGCAACCUUCUGAGGGCCACAUGCCAGAAGUGGGCGAGGCCAGAGGUGAAAGUGGGUGGGGCAACGGAUGUUAAUUUGUACAGUAGGAUACUUUCUACCCACGCUCCCACACCGCUCUCUAGCCUCUCUCCAGGCGGGCAAGAGGCCUUCUUAGAGUGUGAAGACACUUUGCAGCCAGGCAAAGACAGUCGGGGUGCAAAGUGGCCAGUGAGGGAUGUGGCCUGCAGAGAGUCCUGAGGGCGAGAGAGGGGCCUGGAGGACCUCAUUUGGCCGUGGGCUUGAGGUUCCUCACCCCAUCCCCAGUCACUGCCUUUCCAUGCCAGAGAGUUUCCCCCUGUUGGAUUUCUCUCUGUCAUGCAGCUGUUUAAACCUUGUGAGGGGGGGGUAAAACAACCCCAAGUAGGCCGCCGUAUCCCCUCUUUUUCUCCUUCCAUUUUGUUUUCCCCUUGAGUGUGAUUUUCCCGCUGGAGCAGAAGCUUCCUUGGGUUCCCUCGCAGCUCCAGUUGCCACGGAAACGGCCGCCAUUGCUCUUGGUGGGAGCAAGAUGGCCGCCGUGCGGAGAGGGGAGCUGGGAGGCGGGGAGACGCCGGCGAUGGGGCUGGGGAGGCGAGACCCUGGAAGGGAGCUGGAGACGGAGGGGAGCCGAGGUAAGUGAGCCGCCUUGCCACCCACCCCUUUUGAAAGCAGCUGGCAACAACAGCUGGCCCCCCAUGAAGGUCUCUUUUGCUGUGUCCGGACACUUUCCCCACCUAAUGCUUUUUCAUACGAAUUUCUAAAAGGAAUGUUGAUGGGAUAAAGCCCUCCAUUGCUCCCAAAAGUGUAGCACUCUGUAUAUGCUCAGGGGGCAGGUUCUUUAAACCUUCCUUAUUCCAGCAGUUUUAUGGUUUAUGAAAUAAGAAAUCCCAUAGCCCUUUG